UCAUCUUAUAGAUUCGCUCAAUAUAUUUAACUGUCUUUGGCUUCUUCUCUUUUCUUCAACUUUCUUUCCCACCAUCGUUUCUGAGAAAUUCGUGCUUUUUCCCCGGUCAAAUGGGUGUAAACUCGGUUGCUGUCGCUGUCUUUCUAUCCUUCCUGUUGUCUUGUUCCGCCGCCUCUGUGAGCAAUGACGGGAGGACAUUCAGAAUUGGUCUGAAGAAGUUGAAAUUGGAUCCCAACAAACGAUUCGCCGAACGAAUUGGUUCCAGGCAAGAAGAUGCCUUGAGGGCUUCUCUGAAGGAAUUCCAUUUGCAGAAGAAUCUUGGAGAUUCUGGAGAUACUGAUAUUGUUGCGCUCAAGAAUUACUUGGACGCUCAGUACUAUGGUGAGAUUGGCAUUGGCACCCCACCGCAGAAGUUCACUGUGAUUUUUGACACAGGAAGCUCUAACCUUUGGGUGCCAUCAUCCAAGUGUUAUUUGUCUGUUGCGUGCUUCUUCCACAGCAAGUACAAGUCAUCUCGUUCAAGCACAUACAGGAAAAAUGGAAAAUCUGCCUCAAUCCAUUACGGCACUGGAGCAAUCUCGGGUUUCUUUAGUAAUGAUGCCGUCACAGUCGGUGAUCUGGUUGUCCAGAAUCAGGAGUUCAUUGAGGCAACCAGGGAGCCCAGUAUAACAUUCUUGGUUGCUAAAUUUGAUGGUAUCCUUGGCCUUGGAUUCCAAGAAAUCUCUGUUGGGAAUGCCACUCCUGUGUGGUACAACAUGAUCAAACAAGGACUUAUCAAGGAGCCAGUCUUUUCGUUUUGGCUUAACCGUAAUCCCAAUGAUGAAGAAGGAGGUGAACUUGUGUUUGGAGGUGUCGAUCCAAAUCAUUUCAAGGGAGAACAUACAUUUGUUCCUGUAACUCAAAAGGGUUACUGGCAGUUUGCCAUGGGUGAUGUUCUCAUUGGCGGUGCACCCACUGGAUUCUGUGGAAGUGGUUGUUCAGCGAUAGCAGAUUCUGGAACUUCUUUGCUUGCAGGUCCAACGACUGUUAUUGCAAUGAUAAACAAAGCUAUCGGAGCGUCUGGAGUUGUUAGCCAGCAAUGCAAGGCUGUUGUGGAUCAGUACGGGCAAACUAUCUUGGAUUUACUUCUGGCCGAGACACAACCCAAGAAAAUCUGCUCUCAAAUCGGUCUGUGCACCUUUGAUGGUGCCCAUGGUGUGAGUAUGGGAAUCAAGUCGGUGGUCGAAAGGGAAAAUGGUGUGAAUGAUGGGGCAUGCUCUGCAUGUGAGAUGGCAGUUGUAUGGAUACAGAACCAGUUGAGGCAGAACAUGACUCAAGAUCGCAUCUUGAACUACAUCAACGAGCUAUGCGAGAGAAUGCCCAGCCCGAUGGGGGAGUCAGCGGUUGACUGCGGUCAACUGUCGUCAAUGCCAACCGUAUCGUUCAGCAUUGGAGGCAAGGUCUUUGAACUUGCUCCAGAGGAGUACGUCCUGAAGGUGGGGGAGGGUCCGGUGGCUCAGUGCAUCAGUGGCUUCAUAGCUCUCGACGUCCCACCACCUCGUGGACCUCUCUGGAUACUGGGAGAUGUGUUCAUGGGUAAAUACCACACUGUGUUCGACUUUGGCAACAUGCGAGUUGGGUUCGCUGAAGCUGCUUGAUGAUGGUGAUGGUGAUGGUGUCAUAAAGAGAGGUGAGAUCCUUUCUCUUUUGUCUGUACUUUGCACAAUUUCUGUCUGUGGAAGGAUAUGGGUCUUAAGAGACAGAAGGGGAUGGAUGAGCGUUUCGAUCUGUAAACCCCUGCUUCCUCUGCACAACAAGUUGAUGCUCUUUUUCAGGAAAAAAAAAAAAAAAAUCUUUGAAACUAAAAGUUUGCCUUUUGUGAAUUGGUAACUAAGCAUCCUCUUUUUUAUCACUUUUGUUUAUUUUA